CGCUUCCUCUUCAAGAUGGCGGCGCCCAGCGGGAGGAGCGCCCGGCGCGCGUGGGCCGCGCUGGUGCCCGCAGCCCUGCUGUGCCUGGCGGCCCGAGCGGCCGCGGAACCGGGCACGGCGCCGGGCGCGGCCCCGAGCACGGCUGAGUUUGACGUGCGGCCCGGCGGGGAGGUUCACUCCUUCUCCCGGAGCCUGGGGGACUACGGCUGCACCUUCACCUACUCGGCCCAGGGCGGCACAAACGAGCAAUGGCAGAUGAACGUUGGAGUCAGCGAGGACAGCGGGCUCUUCUCCUGCUCCAUCUGGAGGCCCCAAGGGAAGUCUUAUCUCUUCUUUACCCAGUUUAAAGCUGAAGUGAAAGGAGCCAAGAUAGAGUAUGCCAUGGCUUAUUCUCAGGCUGCUGUGGGUGCCCAGAGCGACAUCCCCUUGAAACAGGAAGAAUUUGAAAUCACUGAAACAACAGUGUCUCACAGGGAAGGCAAGUUCCGUUUCGAGCUGUCCAAACUCAUGAUUGUGGCAAAAACCCCCCGUGACGAGCUGUGACCCCGAGGCCGGCCCCGGGCAGGGGGCUUGGCCGGACCAGCGUGGCAGUGAAGGGAUUUCCUGGUUACCAGCGGGGUUUUUCUUUUGGUUGGCCGAACCUUUUAUGUUUUCCAUACUGAAAUGUGCUGGGGACCGACACGAGUGGGGCGUGGAGGCGUGAGGACAGAUUUGUUGUGUCUUGUGUCAGAGUAACACCGUGCUUUGCAGCUGGAAACCUCCCGGGAGGCUCCCGAUCCUCCUGUGCCCCUUCCUGCUUGGCAGAGCUGCCGAGCACGAAAAGCUCCCGAGGAAAGGGGCUCCUUAUCUGCUUCGCCGGGAAGAGCAAGGCAGGGAGAUAAGUGGCUGGAUUUAAGCAGGGCUUGCUAAAGGGAAGUUGUUAACUCUGUAGUCUCUGGAGGGGAGAUGGGAUUUCUCUCUCCAGCAGCGUGACAGGAGGAAAUAAUUAAUUUAGGGGGAGGAAGGGAGGGAGUUGGCCAAAGCUCUGAUUCCGUGGUGAGUGUGUGGCUGGAGUGGAUCCAGAGCUGGGCUGGGAUAGCUUGGAUGGGGGGAAGGCAGAGCAGCUUACUCUGACACAACCAGGAAUCAAUCCAAGCAACACUUCCACGUCUCAGCACAACCACGGGACUAUUUUAUACCUACAGAAAAGUGAUUUUUUUCUUAUCCAGAGUAAUAACAGGGAAUAUGCAAUUCCUUUCCUGUGUAAAUACAGCACAAAUAAAGAAAUAAAGCAUCGUG